GUAUGAACUUGUGUAUGAUUUAAGCUGCAGGAGGAGGAAGAAGUAACAAGAAGACGAACGGACGAGCAAGUAGGACGUCUUUCCUAGCCGCCCUUCACGUGUUUUUUCUUCCUCCCCUUAAAUCCACAUUUUGCGUGCAAAGCGAAGUUACGCACGUUAAAAAAAAAAAAAAGCGUCGAGCGAAGACGCGCACCAAACCAAAAAGGAGAAAGCAAGCAGAAGGAGGCACAAGAGUGGCUAUGGAUACGUUCUCGCGGAUUCUCCUGCUCCUCCUGCUCCUGCACUUCGCUGCGGUCUUGUCCCUGUCCACACAUGUGGCAAUGGUGUACCCCCAGGACCCCGUCCUCCGCGUGGGCUCCAACCUGACGGCCAGUUGCUGGGUGCCACCGGACGCCGGCGUCCACGCCAGUUCGCUGUACUGGACGCUGAACGGCCAGCGGCUGCCCGCCUCCACGUACCGAACGCUCAGCCCCAGCAACCUCAGCGUGACGCUCAGCGGUCUCAACGCCUCGCGGCAGAAGUCCGGCGACAAUCUGGUGUGCCACAACCACAAGGGUCACAUCCUGGCCGGCUCUUGCAUCUACGUCGGAAUGCCUCCGGAGAAGCCUCUCAAUUUGACAUGCUGGUCUCGGAACACCAAAGACCUGACGUGCAGCUGGGCGCCGGGAGGGAAGGGGGAGACCAGCAUUAGCACCCAGUACUUGCUCAAGUACAAGCUCAGGUGGUACGGAAAGGAGAAGGAGUGCGAGGAGUACACUCACACUCGGCCAUACUCAUGCAGCAUCACUCGCGACCUGCAUCUCUUCACCCCCUACGAGAUUUGGGUGGAGGCGUCCAAUCAGCUGGGCCGCGCCUCCUCUGACGUCAUCAUGUUGGACAUUCUCGACGUGGUGACCACGGACCCUCCGUCAGGGGUGACAGUGAGUCGUGUGGGGCAGUUGGAGGACCAGCUGAGCGUUCGCUGGGAGGCCCCGCCGGCACUCAAGGACUUCCUGUUCCAGGCAAAAUACCAAAUCCGUUACCGACUGGAGGACAGCCAAGACUGGAAGGUGAUGGAUGACGUCGGCAACCAGACGUCUUGCAGGCUGGCGGGACUCAGACCUGGAACUGUGUAUUUUGUGCAGGUCCGAUGUAACCCGGUGGGCAUCUACGGUUCCCGCAAAGCUGGAAUCUGGAGUGAAUGGAGUCAUCCCACCGCUGCGUCCACACCGCACAGUGAGCGGACGGCGUCAGGCUCCUGUGACCCCAAGUCGAGCGCCGACUCCAACUCGACGCUACGCCGCGAGCUGAAGCAGUUCUUCGGCUGGGCCCGCAAACACGCCUACGGCUGCAGCAGCAUGUCCAUGAAGCACUACGACCAGUGGCGGGUGCUCAUGCAGAAGUCGCACAAAGCACGCAACCAGGUAGGUUCUCCAAGGGGAUAAAUCAUAGCACAUGCGCAGUGGAAAAACAACACAGAGCGAUUGGAAUGACUGCCAGAGGAUUAUCGUAAAAAUGAGAAAGACUGUUUUUUCCUGUUGUUUUUUUUUUUUUACGGCAAGAUGACAUCUGGAGAUGUUGCUUUUUUCAUCCGUUAAAAGGCUCUUUUGGCAACCGGCACAUUUUUGACACACAAACAAAAAACCUUUCCGGUUCGGCACAUGUGAAUUUGCAUUUUGGCAGGUUUUUUUUGGGCGGGGGGCUUGUCUGAAAUUUGAAAAUGUUGUGUCGUUUAGGUUUUUUUUUUUUACUUUUAUAACACAAGGGCGGCCCGGUAUUCCAGUGGUUAGCACGUCGGCUUCACAGUGCAGAGGUACCGGGUUCAAUUCCAGCUCCGGCCUCCCUGUGUGGAGUUUGCAUGUUCUCCCCGGGCCUGCGUGGGUUUUCUCCGGGUGCUCCGGUUUCCUCCCACAUUCCAAAAACAUGCGUGGCAGGCUGAUUGAACACUCCAAAUUGUCCGUUGGUGUGAGUGUGGGCGUGGAUGGUUGUUCGUCUCUGUGUGCCCUGUGAUUGGCUGGCAACCGAUUCAGGGUGUCCCCCGCGUACUGCCCGAAGACAGCUGGGAUAGGCUCCAGCACCCCUCGCGACCCUAGUGAGGAUCAAGCGGCUUGGAAGAUGAAUGAAUGAAUGGAUGAACUUGACACAAUGACACCUUGGGACAAUUUAGAGUCUUCCACAAUGACACCUUGGGACAAUUUAGAGUCUUCCAUUAACCUGCUAACGGAUGUUUUUGGAAUGUGGGAGGAAACCAGAGUACCCAGAGAAAACCCACAUAGGCACGAGGAAAACUCUACACAGGAAGGCCCAGAAUCGAACGCUGGACCUCUGCACUUUGAGGCCAGUGUGCUAAGCAGUCGCCCACCGUGCUGCCCCAAAAUUACUACACAAAUUUAAUUUGUACUUGUGUCCUAUUUUUUGGGGACAGGCAUUUUUGGGCGUUUCGUAAAACGCACUGGAAGUGCAAAUAGGUGAGUGAAUCGCUGAGAUUGCACCCCCUCGCCCACACCACUCUACUCUACUAGCGUGGGGAAAAAAAUGAAUUGAUUAAUAGUUAACUGCGAAUAUGCGGUGAAUUACAGUUCACUGCAUGGUCCAAAUGCGCAAUUCGGUGAAUGUCAAUUUGGGGUUUUUUUGUAUCGCCUAUGCUGUAGUUUAGAUUUACAAUGAGUGAAUAACAUUUGGAUGAUAUUAAGUUUACUUGAACAAGGUAUUUGUGUGUAUCCUCAUUUGAAAGAAAUGUACCCGAUUCGGUUUUGAAAAUCUCAAAUCAACGCGACCCUCAUCAUCAUCAUGCAGUAUAAAUGCGUUAAAAAGUGCCACAGGGUUUUUGUUUGUUUGUUUUUAAAGCUGUCAUCUCUUGCCUUGCCUUUAUUUUUGUACUGAAUCAUAUCGGCAUAUUUAAGAGUGUGUAAAGUUAAUGCGUUUUAUUGUUUAAGUUAUGUUUUAGCCAAUGAAUAAAUAAUGACUGACUGAAUUUA